AUGGCUCUUUGGCCAGAGGGCACCAAGUGUGUGAAGAUCAUCUGGGUCCUCGAUGUGGCCGGCGGCGAUGUAAAUGCCGCGCAGGACAGGGACGAAUAUCGAAUCCUUCUGGUGAUUGCGAGGACGUUUAGGCAGGCUCAUGACGGCUAUUUCAUCGACUACCAUGCCAGCCUUGUCCAGAGCUCCCUUUUACGCAUCGCCCUUUCCACGAGAGACAAAAGGCUACAGCCUCAAUUUUCCAUUGAAGUGAUACGUCCCGGUACUUUCGACGAGUUCCAGAAACACAUUCGUUGCCGGGGAACGUGUUGGUUCGACCUUGUUCAUCUCGACGUACACGGGAAAUUCAUCUCUGAUGACUCGGCUGCCAACUGCACUCGUCAACACAGCGCUUCCUCUCUCCGGUCUGCGGAGCGCUUCGACGCUCUCCUCGAGAAGAAUAGGCUAUCGAGAAGACAGGGCAACUUUUAA